AUGGACACCUACACAACCCCCUACUACCCAACCCCCCUCCCCAUCCCUGCGGCCAAACCUUCCGCCUAUGGGCCCCCCUACAACCCAGGCUACUACCCCUCGGGCGCAGACAGCACCUACUCCGUCUCCCCCCCCGAGGACAUUGAAGUCUCCUCGUCCUCGGCGGGAGGACCCCCAUCUUACUCCGUCGGCCCCUCAGCCGGCGGAAGCAGUCGGCUGGGCAGCGAGUGCUCCGAAAUGGGGGGCUACUACGAUGGGGUGAGCGGCGGAGCGCCGGGGAGCAGCGUGGGGUCGGCUAGCGGGGUCGAUCUGAACGAGUAUAUGCAGGAGAGGUUUGCGGCGGCGUUUGAGCCGGCGCGGGUGGCGAUGGAUCAGUGUGUGUUGAGGCAGGCGCAGACAUCGGGCCACCUCAACGCCAAACAGCGCGAACUCCUCGAGUUGCAGGCUAAGGCGCAGGAGCGGCUGGCUCGCAUGCGCACGCGCUUUGCUCAGGGGCUGGAGGACGCAAGGCAAGUGACGGAGGAUUUGGAGUGGACGCAUAAGAAGCUUGAGUCCCUUGAGGCCAAAGCGGCCAAGAAGCACCCCAAGGCGUACGCUAAGGCACGGAUGCGGUACCCGUCGCCUGAUCCGGAUCUGAACUAA